GACUGAAGGCAGCUGUAAAAUGGAGAGUCCGGAGUUGUCCUUUACUUUGGCUUACGUGGCGUUUUCUCUCUGCUUCAUAUUUACUCCCAAUGAGUUCCGAGCUGCCGGUUUGACGGUUCAGAACCUGUUCUCCUCCUGGCUGGGCAGCGAGGAGAUCGGCUUCAUCCAGUACCACCUCCGGAGGACCAGCUGCACCGUCCUGGUCCACUCGGUCCUGCCUUUAGGUUACUACGUUGGGAUGUGUUUUGCUGCUCCAGACAAAAAUCUGACCUCCAUUUUCCAGGCGAGUGACGGCUGGAGAGCUUUUCUUCUUCUCUCUGUCUGCCUCCACUUGUCCAGCUGGCUGCUGGUCAUGUACUGGUCCUGUUGGUGCUGGCACAAUCAUCCUAUAAGCAGGACUCUGCAGGCUUUUGUGAGACCUUCUUUCCCCCGCUGGGGCGCUGUGGCAGUCAGCGUCAACACAGAGUUCAGAAGAAUAGACAAGUUUGCAACAGGAGUGCCUGGAGCCAGGGUUAUUGUUACAGACAGCUGGGUGAUGAAGGCCACCACCUAUCACGUCCACAUGGUCUUACAGAGUGAGUGUCAUGUGACUGUGACAGAGUCCAGACAGCACCAGCUGAGUCCAGAGUCAGCCUCCCCCAUCCAGAUGUUGACCCUGAGAGUACACAGCAUCAACCCUGCAGUCAGAUCAUUCAACAUUAGUCUUAACUCUACAGAUUACGCUGAUCUCAGGCUGAAGCUCUAUGCUCCAUUAAGAAAUUCUCCUAACGUUGUGAUCCGCCAAACCAUCAGCGAGCUGUUCCUGGAUACCUUCAGAGCUCAGGUGGAGCUCAAUCAGCCGUACACGCUGCCCAGUGGACAGGAAGUGGAGCUCUGCAUCGGCUGUAUGCAGGUUCCUGCAGACGCCAAGCUGGUCCGACUCUGCCAGGCUGCAGGAAUGGGGAAUGAAUCGGAGUGCCAGCUGUGUUCAUGCAGACCAAUGUGGUGUUUGAUGUGUCUGGGUCGAUGGUUCGCAAGUCGUCAAGACCAGCAAAGACCGGAGACCUGGUUGUCUACCAGAGUCACCUGUCCCACUUGUAGAGCCAAAUUUUGUAUACUGGACAUCUGUGCUAUCCGAUGACAGAACCAGAACACCAAUCCAACAAGACAUUUUGCCCCUAAAAUAACCUGGAGGUGUACUUUAUGACAUUAAUUAAUUAAUUAAUUAAUCAAUUAAUUAAUUAAUUGAUUGAUUGAUUAAUAUUGAGC